AGUGAGAACAGGCACAGAAGCUCAUUGGACAGUUGUGGUGAUUGACAGGUCAGAUUCUCAAAGCUACAAGCCCCUCUGUUACAGACCUAUAAAUAGACAUCCAUCUCCCUUUGCUCUGAAUCGCCCCAUUCCAACACUCUCUCUGCUGGUCUGUAAUAUCAACUGUAAUCAUUCCAGAAAACGCCAAACGCCACAUAAAGAUGUCAAAUUUGGAGGACUGCCUGGGAACUUUUAUUGAGGUCUUCCAUAAAUACUCUUCGAAAGAAGGCGACAAGUACAAAUUAAAAAAGAGCGAACUCAAGGAUCUGCUCACUAAUGAAUUUCCAACUCUUAUGGAGCAUGUGAAGGAUCAGGCUACAAUGGAUGGUUUGAUGGAAAGCUUGGACACCGACGGCGACUCAGAGUGCGAUUUUCAGGAGUUCAUGACCUUCAUAACCAUGGUUACCAUCUGUUGCCAUGAGUUUUUCGAACACCAUGAAGACGAAUGAGUCGAAUGCACAGUCUCGAAAAACGUGUCCAUUUUUGUAGUUGUCAUAAGUCACAAUAUAGUCCUUGAUUGUGUUUUUUCUUUAUCAUAUCAUGUUAGAAUUGGGGUUUUGUUUGGAUGGAGUGCAGAUAGAUUAGCCUGUUCAACAAUUUGUUUGCAUUUGGCUCAUUAUGUUUGAAUAUGCAGUGACUUAAAACCAGUUUAUAAUUUAUUAUGAAUCAUCGUUCUAUUCUUUUGCCUAAACACUUUUUUUUGUCCCUAACAUGACCAGCAUUAUACCCACUGAGCGAAAUGCAGACUUGUCAUUUCAAUUCCAGGCUGAUUGUCAAAUGUAUUUCUGAUUAGCUUCAAGCUAUUUGGCUGUUAUUGACUUAUCGAAUUGUACUGGAGCUUUCGACAAAUCACACCAUGCUUUAAAUGAGCCACCAAAGCCAAGGGCGUAGAUUUGGUUUGAACAUUGGGUGGGGUUUGUACAUGCUUGGGGGGUACCUCACCCUCACCCUCAUCCUCCCUGGAAUCUACGCCCCUGACCAAAGCCAUGAACUAACUUAUCCUUAGUUUGUUUGAUGAUUAUGACCAUCCAUACAUUUUAUGUAGUCACCAAUCUACAUUGGGUCUACAUCAAGUUCCCUGCUGAAAACAUCUUAAACCAGCAUUAACUAGUUUGCUGGUCUGAAUCGUUUUCUCAGCCUGGUCGGAUCACUGGCUUUACCUGUCGACCUUCAGUAAACCAGCUUGGCCGUGGCUGGAAAACCAGCUAGACCAUCUUAAACCAGCUAUGACCAGCAAACCAGGCUGGUUUAAGAUGCUUUUUCAGGCAUUGGUGAAACAAAACUUGUCUUUAAUUCCCUGCAAACUUUACAAGCCGAGUUAAACUAAAUAUAUUGGGGCUCAUUUACGAAAUACAAGCAAAACGAAUUUCUGUGUAAAUCAUUCAGAAAUCUUUAUGUAAUUGAAAUCGUUCUUAUUUAAAUUAUAUUUAGAAGUUCGUCCUGCUUGUGCCUAAAAUUGUGAAUGAAUGAAAUGAAAUGUAAUGCAAGAGUGAAAUGUUGUUUAUGAAAGUUGAUUUGUUUAGUUUUACAAUUAAGAUGUUAAAUAAAAUUCCAUAAGUAAC